AUGGCGACACCGGCGAAGCGCACGGCUUCUGGGACCAAGCAACACGCUAAUGGCUUCUCGCACCAGCUGGACGAUGCCGUGCACUCCAUCGAGAAGAAGAUUGAGGAGCAGGCAGAACUCGCUGCGCGAAACCCAGCUGAGCAGAAAGAGGCGGGCAUUGUGCAGUUGAUUGUUUGUGUCGGAGGAAUCUACGCCAGUUUCUUGAGCUGGGCAUACCUCCAAGAACGGCUUACUACCACAACCCACGGUCCCUCGAAUGCGCGCUUCACAUAUCCAGUCUUCCUCAACACCAUCCAGUCUGGCUUCGCUGCCAUCACAGGCUUGGUCUACCUCUUUCUGUCUGCGCCACGCAGCAAGACGACAGGCGCGCGCCGAGUACCACCCAUCUUCCCUUCCAAACAGAUACUGUUCCCACUACUCUUGAUCGCCAUCACCUCGUCGCUCGCAUCGCCAUUCGGAUACGCUAGUCUCAAGCACCUCGACUAUGUCACCUUCACCCUCGCCAAGAGCUGCAAGCUUCUUCCAGUAAUGGCUCUGCACAUCACACUCUUCCAGAAACGGUACCCGCUGUACAAGUACGCGGUCAUUGUGUGUGUCACCCUCGGCGUAGCCAUGUUCACGCUGUACAACCCGUCCACGGCCAAGAAAGCAGCAAAAAAGGGUGUCAGCGCCGAUGCCUCCAAGACACUCGGUCUCUUCCUCUUGGGCGUUAACCUCCUCUUCGACGGCCUGACGAACACCGUGCAAGACAACAUCUUCACAAAGUUCAAGGGAUUCAGCGGACCUCAGAUGAUGUGUGCCCAGAACAUCAUGUCCACUGCACUGACAGUCAGCUACCUCUUGAUCUCGCCCUACAUCGCCGGCACACCCCUUGGCUCCUACAUCGGCCUCUCGCCCACAGGCAACGGCGAGCUUAGCGACGCGCUGGCAUUUGUAACCACGUACCCGUCCGUCGGCUGGGACGUGCUCGGGUUCGCAGCAUGUGGCGCAGUGGGCCAGGUCUUCAUCUUCAACACGCUCGCCCAUUUCAGCUCGCUUCUCCUCGUAACGGUGACAGUUACACGGAAGAUGCUGACCAUGCUGACGAGCGUGUUCCUGUUCGGACACGCGGUCACGGGCAUGCAGUGGGUGGGCGUUGGGCUGGUGUUUGGUGGAAUCGGCGCCGAGGCUGGAUACGGACAGCUUGAGAAGAAGAGGAAGGCCGAGGCGAAGCGAUUAGCCGCUGCAAAGCAGCAGUAA